AUGGACCCUGCAAUCCUGCCGGGCCCCGGCUCCAGGACCGGAACCGGGACCAGGACCGGGACGGACCCCAGAACCUUGGCGUGCAGACGGACGCUCGGCGUGAUGCUGCUGGUGGUGGGCACGCUGGUUUCCGUGGUGACCUCGAGCUCACCUGCUGCAGGUGUGCUGGACUUCAACGGGACGACUGAGCCUUCGUCAGAGCCUUCAUCAUCAUCAUCCCCCCCCUCCCCUCCCAGACCCCCCUCCCCCAGCCGGCCCUCGGACUCUGGUUACCACGGUAAUGGUGGCGGCGCUGGCUCGGCGGAGGACUCGGACUCCGGCGCUCAGGGGAUCCACCUCCUGCUGAGGCCCCCGGACCUCCUGUCGCCGAGCCUGCCGCCUCCCCUCCCCCCGCACAGCCAGCCCACCCUCACCCCUCCUCCCCCGUGGGAGCAGGGCCCCUCCCUGGAGGAGGCCUGGGGCUCCGGCGACUACCUGGAGACGCUGUCCUUCAUGGUGCCCGACGGCGAGGAGCUGGCCUUGGCCACGCCGCUGCCCAGCCACCCCUACGACAAGGACGCCGAGGGGGACUGGGUCUCCUACGACACCGCCUUCCCCGCCCGGCCCACCCUCCCUCUCUCCUCACGCCUCCCCCUCUCGCCCUCCUCCUCCACCCCCAGCAUCCCCCUGCACACCCGCCCCACCCACCCGGACGUCUUCCCCACCUGGGACGAGGACUACGACCUGGAGGACAUGAUGCCGCUGGAGCCGACGGAGCUGCUGCUGCCGGACAUGAACAGUCUGGAGUACUACACCAACCUGCUGGCCCGGGAGAGGGAGAGGGAAAGGGAGAGGGACCGGGACCGGGCGAGGGAGAAGGACCUGGAUCGGCGGAACCGGACCGACACCAAACCCCCCAUCAGUCCGACAACCACACUCACCCACCACCCUCCUCCGACCCCGUCCCUGAGCCCCGGUCCUCCUCCGGCGCUGGAGCCCAAACGGCCCCCACCGGGUCCUACACCUCCCCUCAGACUCUCACCUACUCUCCCAGGUGAGGCUCCGUCAACCACCCCCAAAGUUCCGUCCACCCCUCCUCCACCACCUGCCCCGAGACCCAAGGACCAUGCUCCAGUCCCGGGCCGAUACCCUCUUCACCCUCCGUCCAACACCACCGGCCGUGUUCCUCCACCUCCCCCGCUUGGACCGCCCACCCGCCCCGACCGACCAGAGAAGCCCUCAGGGGUCACUGAGAAGCCGGCAAAGGCUCCUCCCACCAGAACCACUACCACCACCAAGGCGACCACCACCACCAUCACCACCACCACCCAGAUCACCGCCAUCAGCCUGACCAGAGCACCCCCAGUCACCACGCCCAGAGUGGCCCAGACCCCGCCCACCAGGCAAUACCUGUGCAACGUCACCAAGCCGGAGAUGUACCUGGUCCGAGUCGUGAGCUCCAAAGGUUCAUCAGCUGGUUUCAGUCAAGUCAGGGAUCUUCUGAAGCGAGAGUUCAACCGCUCGGUGGAGCUGCAGUUCCUCAGAACUCCGUCCAGUUUUGCCUUUCGCGUCGUGUCAGGACCGCUGAUCUUCACCGCCAUGUCUGUCAUCAACGCCCUCCGCCAGCCGCCUCGUAGCUCUGGUCCGGUUCCCACCGUGUCGCCGCUGUACACCGUACCGGACCUCAGGUACCAGAUCCACUCGGUGCUGCAGUUCGUCCCCGCCCACGUCGACGUCCGGGUCUGCAACUUCAGCGAACGGGUGGAGAGAGGCCUGACGCUGGCGUACGCCGAGACACGGAGGAGAGCACACGAAGCGGGAAACGUCACAGUACAGCUGUUGAACAUCACUAUGGGUGUGACCCGGCCGGCGGCGGAGCAGAAGGUUCCUGUUGACAUCACGUUUGCGGUGCGUGAUGGGCGGGGCUACCUGCCGGGGUCAGAGGUCAGCGAACACCUGAGGAAGCUCAGCGUGGUGGAGUUCAGCUUCUAUGUUGGAUUUCCUGCCCUGCAGAUCGCAGAACCGUUCCACUACCCUGAGCUGAACACGUCCCACCACCUGAGAUCCACCUGGGUCCGAACAGUGCUGCUGGGAGUUCAGGAGCAGCUGGUGGCCGAGAGAAGCUUCAAAGCUCGUCUGGAGAGACGUCUGGCGCUGCUGCUGGAGGAAGGCCUGCAGGAGACCAGCAGGAGGCGCUGGAGGAGAGCUACAGCAAUGGGCAACAACAGCCUGCAGGUGGUCCGGGUGUCGCGGCUCUCCGGAGCAGAGCGCCCCCUGGAGGUGUUUUACUUCGUGGAGGGUCCAGGUGGAGAGAGGAUCCCAGCCGAGGUGACGGCCGCCACCCUGAACCGCCUGGACCUACAGAGAGCCGCCAUCGUCCUGGGACACCGGGUCCAGAGACCGCUGGCCCAACCUGUGGAGACUCUUUCCGUCCCUCCGGCGGAGACUCAGAGCAGCAGCAUCUGGCUGAUCGUCGGCGUGGUCGUCCCCGUCCUGCUGGCCGUCUUCAUCAUCAUCAUCCUCUACUGGAAGCUGUGCGGCUCCGAGAAGCUCGAGUUCCAGCCGGACGCCAUCAACACCAUCCAGCAGCGGCAGAAGCUUCAGGCUCCCAGCGUCAAAGGCUUCGACUUCGCCAAGCUUCACCUCGGCCAGCACAGCAAAGACGACAUCAUGGUGAUCCAGGAGCCCGGCCCGCUGCCCGCACCUGUCAAAGAGGCCACGCCCUCCGACGCCGGAGACCUCAACACCCCCAAAUCCAAAGGAUCAUCCACCAAGGUGGCCCGGUCGAGCCGCCGCAGGGGAAGGCUCAGCCCAUCAGACGGCGACUCGUUAGGAAGCGACCAAUCGAGCGGCAGGGAGUCGGCAGAAGAAAGCACCAGACCUGUGGCCACGCCCAGUGACGGGAAACAGCACAGGAAGACGCCCAAAAAUGGGAGGAGCAAGAUGGCAGCUCCGUCCGGCAGCGGUCCAGAUGAACUCCUGUCCUCGUCCUCCAUCUUCGACCACGUUGACCGUCUGUCCCGCGGUUCGUCCGACGGCACCCGUCGCCAGGCCAACAAGGUGCAGCUCAUCGCCAUGCAGCCACGACCGAGUCCGCCGCAGGCCCACGCCCCUCCGCAACCGAGCCCCUCGCUCACCGAGAAGGUCAACACAGAGGUGGCGCUGAGGCACAAGUCGGAGAUCGAGCACCACAGGAACAAACUGCGACAGCGAGCCAAGAGGCGGGGUCAGUGUGAGUUUCCUUCCAUGGACGACAUCAUGGACGCCUUCGGAGACGGACCGGUCCAAAGCGAGGUGGCGCAGCGACUCUACAGCUCCGCCCACGACCACAUGGACUGCAUCCUGCAGGCCGACGCCCACUCACCCCCCACCCCCACCGACUCCAGGAAGAGAGGGAGGCGCUCUCCUCGGGGUCGACGGGCUCAGCCAGGACCUGGAAGUCUUCCUGAUACAGACAGAGACCGGCUGCUCACCGACCAGAGCGCCACCUACAGAAAGUACCCGGGACUCAACAACGUGGCCUACAUGUCGGACCCUGACCUGCCCCCCGACCACGGCAGCCCCUCCCCCACCGACGAGGUGUUUGACCCUGCCCCAGCCCCUCCCCCCUACAUGCCCCCCCAGCCCUCCAUCGAAGAGGCUCGGCAGCAGAUGCACUCCCUCCUAGACGAUGCCUUCGCCCUGGUAUCACCAUCCUCGCAGGGCAGCGCCGGGUUGAGCGGGGUAAGCCCUGCCCUGCCCAGCCCUUCCCCUCAGGCCCGGCCCCCGGGCCGGCAGUGGGGCUCUUACCCAGCAGCCCCCUCUCACAGCCCGUUUUCUGCAAGAUAUGCGGAGCUGGGGAUGUCGCCCUCAUCAGUCCAGGGUCUGCUGCAGAGGCAGGGCCUGAGCUCCGGAGGGUAUGUUUCUACUGGAGACCAGCUGCAGGACUCAGUUUACUCCAGCAGGGGGCAGUACGAGGACCCCCCCUCCUCCUCCAGACCACGACCUGUAGGAGGCAGCACAGGUGCACAGCUCCACCAUCUGACCCAGGUGGGUCUGUCCAGUCAGAUCGGUGCAUACCCUGGGGUGGGUCGCAGCAUGUCUGGGCCCACCGGCUCCAGCUGGAACCAGCAACACUCGGACCAGGACCUGUCCAGACCGGGAGCCAGCAGAGAGAGCGUGCUAUCGUUCCCUGAGUUCUCCUCUUCCUCGGUUUUCCAGAUGCCCAGCUCCUCGUUGCGGGAUCCGUCGGCUCCACCUCUCCUCCUGACCUCACCGACUCCCGAGUAUCCACCGGAUGACGCCUCGCCGUCCGCCCACACCUCCGCCUCUCUUAUAAAGGCUAUCAGGGAGGAGCUGCGACGUCUGGCCCAGAAACAGGCUGCAGUGACCAGCUACCCUUAG